GUUCGCUGACGAUCGUGCACCUGUCAAAGAAAAAAUGCUACUCGCUGCCACUCAUGCAACUUUCAAAAGUGAAUUUGGACCUGUUUAUGUGGAGUACGAAAAGCACGUAACAGAUAGAAAGGUGACCAAAUACUUCGAUUCAAAAGUGCCUUUUGAUGGAGGGCUGUCAAUUUCUUCUGUUGGACCUAACUUUAGAAUCUUUCGAGAAUUGGUUGAAAACCAAAGAGGAACUAGGACCGAUGAGCGAAAACUACAUAACGCACAGCAGGAGCGCGCUGCAGUCGCUCACGCAGGACCUCAACACAUGAAAGGAGUUGCUUUUCCAUUGGAUCGAAAUGCUGAGGAUGCAGUUCGGAAACUAGCCAACGGAUCGUUAGCUCUGGUUCAGUUA